UUAAAGCCCCAAGAGGGUUCUGACACAGGCGUCGUCAGGAACCCACUUUCUCUGGGUCGUCUGACAAGAUGUGAGCUGUCACUCCUGUGCUGCCCCCCAGACCCGGCCCAGUGCUCUCUUAGAAGGAAAGAAACAAGUAACGCUGUCCAGGACUGACCACAAAAGGGAGUUUUGUUUUGAAUAGCCAGCAUCAGGUCAGCAGACUUCAUCCCGGGAAGAACCAACUGCUGGGUGAUCUUCAGAGUUCCUGGUGCCCUGAACCAUGAACCACACCGGCGGUAGACACGCCCCUUAAAGAUGCUCACUUCCUCCUGAGGAGCAGGACCACUCAUAUAGGAAGCAGCCUUCUUCAAGGAGAAUAUGAGAGUGCUACUUGGGCUCCUUUGUGUCAUCGCCCCUCUGCUGUCGCUGGAGACUGAUGACUGUAAAGAAUAUUCAGAUGAGAUCAUUUUAUUUUCAUAUGUAAAUGAAAUUGAUAUUCGUGACUGUCCUCUAAUUCCGAAUGAAAAGCGUGGCACCAUAAUGUGGUAUAAAAAUGACAGCAAGACACCCAUAUCAGUAGAACAGAGCGCCAGGAUUCAUCAGCAAAAUGAACGGCUUUGGUUUGUUCCUGCCAAGAUUGAGGACUCGGGACAUUACUAUUGUAUAGUGAGAAACUCAACUCACUGUCUCAAAACUAAAAUAACCAUGAAGGUUUUAGAGAAUGACCCUGGCUUGUGUUACAGCACGCAAGCUACCUUCAAACAGCGCCUCUACAUAGCAGGGGAUGGAAGUCUUGUGUGCCCUUAUUUGGAUUUUUUUAAAGAUGAAAAGAACCAGUUACCCAAAGUUCAGUGGUAUAAGGAUUGUAAACCACUGCCUCUUGACAGUGAAAACUUCAUUGGGGCCAAGAAUAAACUGAUGGUGAGGAACGUGGCUGAAGAGCAUGGGGGGAACUACAUUUGCCGCGUGUCCUACACGUACCUGGGAAAGGAGUAUCCAGUCACCCGAGCGAUAGAGUUCAUCACGAUAGGUGAGAGUAAGAGCAACAGGCCUGUGAUCCUGAGCCCACGGAACGAGACGAUGGAAGUAGACCCAGAAUCCAGGAUACAGCUGAUCUGCAAUGUCACAGGCCAGGAAUCGGAUCUUGUCUACUGGAAGUGGAAUGGAUCAGCAAUUGAAGACGGUGAUCCUCUCCUAGUGGAAGACUACCAGCUCGUGCAACAUCCUUCAUCCAAAAGAAAGUAUACACUCAUUACAGUACUUAACAUUUCAGUGGUCCGGAGCCACUUUUAUAAGUAUCCAUUUACGUGUUUCGUCAGGAACACGAACAUUAUGGAGUCAGCAUAUGUCAUAUUAAUAUAUCCAACCCCUGAUUUCAAGAACUACAUCAUUGGGACCUUUGUCAUCUUAACAGCUAUAAUUAUAUCAUGUGUUUUCAUCUAUAAAAUCUUCAAAGUUGAGAUUGUCCUUUGGUACAGGGAUUCUUUCUCCCAUUUUCUCCCCUCAAAAGCUUCAGAUGGAAAGAUCUAUGAUGCCUAUAUUCUCUAUCCCAAGACUGUCGGAGGGGGAUCCUCCUCAAACUUAGACUCUUUUGUGUUCAAGCUGUUGCCUGAGGUCUUGGAGGGUCAGUUUGGAUACAAGCUGUUCAUCUGUGGAAGAGACGACGAUGCUGGGGAAGAUAUUUUCGAGGUUGCUAAUGAAAACGUAAAGAAAAGCAGGAGGCUGAUUAUCACUUUAGUGAGAGAUAUGGGUGGCUUCAGCUGGCUGGGCCACUCAUCUGAAGAGCAAAUCGCCAUUUAUAAUGCUCUCACCCGGGAAGGAAUUAAAGUUGUCCUCCUCGAGCUAGAGAGCAUCCAAGACUAUGAGAAAAUGCCCGAAUCUAUUCAGUUCAUUCAGCGGAAACAAGGAGCCAUUCGCUGGUCAGGGGACUUUAAAGAGGGACCACAGUCCGCAAAGACCAUGUUCUGGAAAAACAUCCGAUACCACAUGCCAGCCCAACGGCAAUCACCGCUAUCCAGACACCAUUUACUAACCCCGGAUCCUGUGCUGGACACUAAGGGGAAACAGCAGGCAGAGACUCACUUGCCUCUCGGCUAACGUGGCAGAAGUGGACCAAGAACACUGGGAUCCCUCCUGUCAUCCGGUGCUGCAGCUAGGCUGUGCCUCCCAGGAACGUAUGCUGUCACGAAACACACCUAUGUAGUCCCUUAUCCCCAGGUCACCCGGAAUCACACCGUUCAGGGAAUAGGACUUGGUGACAAUAGUGGGCUAGGUCAGUUGGGAGUGAGCAUUGGGGAAGCUCCGGAGCAACGGCUGCUCAGGGAUGCUUCUCUGGGAUGCUUGCUAACUGUGGAGGCAGUGAACGGGGGGGGGGGAGAGUCAGCUUCAGGAGAUGGCCACAUCUGUGGGUGACUGAAGUAAAUUCCGUGCAGCCUUGCAGUUGGGACUGUAGUUAUCUGAGAAUACUUUGGGGAUCAUGGGCCAAAGAAGUGGCUCCCGUAAGCCUCAAUGCGGGUGAGGUUUAAUGACACUCCCCUCCCCCCGUAGAAGGCAUAACUUCCUUGCCUUUUCCAGACAUCUUGACCACCAAACUUAGUUUUUGAAGACUAAACUUUAUUUAUAGACCGUGAAUACUGUCAUUUCAAUGAAGAAGGAUUCCCUGGGUUCCCCCAUGGUAGUCACCUCUGCUCUCCGCAGAAGAGGGUGAAUUUUAAGUUGACCGUAGAAGGGAGCCACUCCCGAGGUUCUUCUGUUCACAGGUCCACUCUGGAAUGACUGUUGCAUGAUCCUUAUUCUCUGUACUUUUGCUUGUGGCUUCUCUGGAGAUGCAGCUCUGCAGCGCUUCCUCCCCGCACUCUGCGGCAAGCACAGCCUCAUGCAGGAGACUCAGCUCCUACCUCACCUUCUGGGGCUGCAGAUGCUGAAGUCUGCACAGCCUUCCCGCCCAUCUUGUCCCCAGUCCCAGCCUUCUCCUGUCAAGCCUGCUCUCCACCAUCCUGCCCAGGGACUGCAGCACUGCCUCUGGAGCCCUGGCCUCUGCCUUUGCCACACCCCAUCUGUGCUGUGCCGCCCACUUCCGGUGACUAGAAUUCGCUCUUUCCUUUGCUUCACCUGACCAGGAAUUUGCUAAAGUUCUAAGUUUGAUUCGGUGCUAAAAUCCUCAAGUGCCUGAUCUCUCCUUACUCUAAGUCUUAGCCGCCAGCCCUUCUGUGUUGCCAGCUGGUGGUCACUUCAGAAGGUGCUUUCUUUGCAAGCAGGAAUCAGACCUCUCUGAGAGCGAGGUCUGUCGCGAGAGUGUUCCCGCCCUUCGCUUUCUGCAAUGAGAACAUAUGGCAUAGACUGGCCAAGACCUUUAUUUUAAAAUGUUCUUGGAUAAUCGCAUUUGAAUUUUGCAGUUAUUCUAAUUUUAUAUAUAGGUCUGGGAAACUGACCUAUUUAACAGAAUUGCUCUUUUAACUCUCCUGGAGCUAGGCCUUGAAGUUGAACUUUCUGGCUUCUGUCGCUGUGCUCCAACUCUUUGAUUUCGGAUCCAUCACUGUCUGCUUCCCCUUCCUCCAUCCUAUGGGAGAAGAUGUGAGUGUUUUAUAGGAAGCAACCGAGUCCAGGUUUUUUUUUCAGAAGGAGCAAACAACGCUCCUUCUCAGUGUAGGGAUUUACUAAAACCAGCUUUAGAAUUUUCAGCCUGAUAUUUUUCUUUCCCAGUACUGGUUCCCUAAAGGUCAACAUUUCUUCUGUAACUAAAAAUGAAAGCAAAUUGGGUUUUGUGGUACAGAAGCUUUCUGUUUGUUUGUUUUUAACUCUAUGACUGUCUUCAGAAUAAUUUGAAUAGUUCUGGAAAAUUGCAGAGCCAGGUUCACACGCCAAGAAGAAACCCACAGUUUUAAGGAUUGUAUGAAUGUGGGUACCCUUCUGUCUUUGAUGUUUUUGAACAUCUGCUAGGGGCGAGCACAAACAUUAUUUAAAGGGCGACUUCUCACUUACACAGAGGUAGACAAAAGCAGAUGGCUUGGGAUUUUAACUCCCCACUUUUGACCUCUUUUCUCCUGGAUCCAGCUUGAGAGCACUGAAUGGAUGGAUCACUAGAUUGCUGGCUCAGAGAAAGAACGGUUGUCCCAGACGGCAGCCAGAAGUCUAUCCUUUACCCAUGAUGCUUUAAAAGUUUAAUUUUGCUGAUAAUUUUUUUUGUCUGUCAUCCAAAAAAAAAUGUAUUGGCUUACAUGUAUAUUAUGAGUGAAUUAGAGCCAAUGGGAAACUGGGCCAGAAAGUAUAAGGAGAGAGCAAUAGCAGAGGACCACAGAUAGUGUGGCACCAAUAACUGGGGGUGAGGUAGGGGGUAGAGACAAGGAUAAGCCUGGGCCAAGAAAGACCCUGAAUUGGAGGGUAGUGUCAUUCCUGAUCCACAGGGGAGAAUGAAGAUGUAACUUCCCAUCCAGGCAGUGGGGGGCUUCCUUUGAGUUAUCCCCCUCUUCCCCAGAAGAACCUGGCUUCAGCCAUCUUUCAUGCUUUCUCCAUUAUUCAGAGUUCACUGAUGGCGUUUUUAAAAGGCCAACCAAGUGUUGCAGAAGUUUGCACAUGCAACGAUGUUUUAAUUACCAGUGUUUAAAACUGGUUUAGCAGAAUGUAUGGUUUUCUCUCUCCUGCCUUUUGAAUUUCACUUAUAAUGAAAGGAAAAGUAUUGAGCCAUUUUAAUGACAUUUUUUUAUCAAUUAUAUUUAUACUGAUAAAUAAUGAAGGUUGUUUUUUUUUAAUUAAAGAAACUCAAUUUUAUAUAAUUCAGCAGAUGCCAAGUAUGUAUCACAAACCACCAAAUUUAUGUACAGUGUGUAUUAUGGAACAAUAGACUCAACUUGUUUCCCAAUAAAUUGUGAAACCCUCUGUUGAAUACCAUU